AUGGCCGCGUCGCUUCUACCCACUCAGCUCGACGCAAUUAGCGAGUUGAAAGGCAGAGAGCUUUUAUCGAAGCUGAAUCCAGCGGGAUCUACCGUGACGACGCUGGCGACGUCGAGCGAGAAAUCGCCGCCUAAAAAAUCGCCCACGAAGUCCCCAUCCCCGCCAAAGAGCUCCUCGCCACCCAAGACAAGCUCACCGCCGCCGGAAAAAAAGAAGGGGCUGAUUAAACGGCUUAUUCCGAAGCGAAAGAAGAAGGCGGAAGCCGGGAACAGCGGACCCGCUAUGGUGAACCUCGCUGACGCGCAGAAGGUGUUCACGCUGGUGAUGUCGCUGAGCAAGCAGAAGCAGUUCGUAGAGUUUUUCCAAAAAGCAGGUCUGCUGCCGACGCUCCUCGAGGCGACGGUCAAGGCCGGCACCAACGGCGCAACGUUUCUCGUGCCGUCACCCGACGCGCUGCAGUCGCUGCCGCCCGCGUCGCCUUACAUCAACAACCCGUUGCUCGCGCGCGCCACGCUCCGAUACCACAUGAUCCUCGGAAACAAGUUCGACUACACGAAGCUUGUCGAGUUCACGGCUAAUAGAAAGUUCGCGACGCUCGCCAAGCGUCCUGUCUUCAAGUCGGACGAGAGCGCGUUUUUCACAGUUGUGUUUCGGUCGGGCAGCGGGCGGUCGAAAUCGACAAUGAUCGCGCCCAACCUCGCCAACACCACGUCGUUCCAACUGCACCUUGUCGACUCGCUCCUCAUCCCCGAUGACGUGUACCGCGCCCCGCCCGCGAAUGGCGGCGGCAACGACGGCGGCGACGACGGCGAUGACGGUGACGCGUCCCCGCCCCCGCCUUCCCCCAAGUCUCCGCCCAAGUCUCCGCCUCCGACCCCCCCAGCUUCCCCCAGCCUUCCGCCUCCUGUGGUCAGCUCUCCGCCUCCGCCCACGCCAGUUACCACCUCUCCCCCGCCUCCUGUAGUUACACCGUCGCCUCCCCCCGCUGUUACCGCGUCGCCUCCCCCCGCUACUACCGCCUCUCCCCCGCCCCCCACUGGCGGGGUGGCGUCCCCGCCUCCCCCCGUCUAA